CUAUAUAUAUUCACGCAAUCACGCGAUUGUUCUCAAUUCUCAUCACAGUGGUGGUUAGACUCAGACUCAGAGAGAAGAAGAAGAAAGAUGUAUGUGAUAAAGAGAGAUGGGAGGCAAGAACCGGUUCAUUUCGAUGCGAUAACCGCACGCAUCAAGAAACUCAGUUUAGGAUUGAACACUGAGCACUGCGAUCCCGUUUUGGUUUCUCAGAAAGUGUGUGCCGGCAUCUACAAGGGUGUUACCACCACUCAACUCGAUGAAUUGGCCGCUGAAACCGCCGCCGCCAUGACCACCAACCACCCUGACUACGCUUCUUUGGCUGCCAAAAUCGCUGUUUCCAAUUUGCACAAGAACACCAGAGAAUCGUUUUCCGAGACGGUUAAGAUCAUGUAUGAUCAUUUUAAUGAGGAAUCUGGAAUGAAGGCUCCUCUAAUCGCUGAUGAUAUUUAUGAAAUAAUCAUGAAGAAUGCGGUGCGAUUGGACAGUGAGAUCAUCUAUGGCAGGGACUUUGACUAUGAUUAUUUUGGUUUCAAAACCCUUGAGAGAUCCUACCUCUUGAAGGUACAAGGAAAGGUUGUGGAAAGGCCUCAGCACAUGUUGAUGAGGGUUGCUGUUGGAAUUCACAAGGAUGAUAUUGAAUCGGCUGUCAAAACCUACCAUUUGUUGUCUGAAAGAUGGUUCACUCAUGCUUCUCCGACACUUUUCAAUGCAGGAACACCUAGGCCUCAACUGAGUAGUUGCUUUCUAGUGUGCAUGCAAGAUGAUAGUAUAGAGGGUAUAUAUGAGACUUUGAAGGAGUGUGCUGUCAUCAGUAAAUCAGCUGGAGGAAUUGGUGUCUCUGUUCACAACAUUCGUGCAACAGGAAGUUACAUUGGUGGGACUAAUGGGACAUCCAAUGGAAUCGUCCCCAUGUUGCGCGUGUUCAAUAAUACUGCCCGCUAUGUUGACCAAGGGGGAGGCAAGAGGAAAGGUGCAUUUGCUGUGUACUUGGAGCCAUGGCAUGCUGAUAUAUUUGAGUUCCUGGAUUUAAGGAAAAAUCAUGGAAAGGAAGAACAUCGUGCUCGGGAUCUGUUUUAUGCUCUUUGGGUGCCUGAUCUUUUUAUGGAAAGAGUUCAGAAAAAUGGAGAAUGGUCUUUGUUUUGCCCCAGGGAAGCACCGGGUUUGGCAGAUUGCUGGGGUGAGGAAUUUGAGAAGCUUUAUCAUCGGUAUGAAAAGGAAGGAAAAGCAAAGAAGGUUGUUCAGGCCCAGAAUCUGUGGUUUGAAAUAUUGAAGGCACAGAUAGAAACUGGAAACCCUUACAUGCUUUUUAAGGAUGCUUGCAAUAGGAAAAGCAAUCAACAGAAUCUGGGUACAAUAAAGUCGUCUAACUUGUGUACUGAGAUAAUUCAGUAUUCAAGUCCAACUGAGACGGCUGUAUGCAAUCUAGCAUCAAUUGCACUACCACAAUAUGUAAGAGAAAAGGGUGUGCCAGUGGAGUCUCAUUCAUCUAAGCUUAUUGGGAGCACGGGCUCUGGAAAUCGGUAUUUUGACUUUGAUAAACUAGCAGAGAUUACUGCAGUAGUCACAACAAACCUGAAUAAAAUAAUUGAUGUCAAUUACUACCCAGUUGAGAAUGCAAAACGGUCAAACUUACGGCACAGACCCAUUGGUAUUGGAGUUCAGGGACUUGCUGAUACAUUCAUGCUACUUGGCUUGGCAUUUGAUUCACCAGAGGCUCAACAAUUAAAUAAGGAGAUAUUUGAGACUAUAUACUAUCAUGCUCUAAAAACUUCAUCUGAUUUGGCUGUGAAAGAAGGUCCCUAUGAGACAUAUAGUGGUAGUCCUUUAAGCAAGGGAAUUCUUCAACCAGACAUGUGGGGUGUGACACCCUCCAACCGUUGGGAUUGGGAUGCACUUCGGGAGACGAUAUCAAAGAAGGGUGUACGAAAUUCACUUCUGGUGGCCCCUAUGCCAACUGCAUCUACAAGCCAAAUUCUUGGAAAUAAUGAGUGUUUUGAACCAUACACUUCAAAUAUCUACAGUCGUAGAGUUUUGAGUGGUGAAUUUGUUGUUGUGAACAAACAUCUUCUUCACGACUUGACUGAAAUGGGAUUGUGGUCUCCUACAAUUAAGAAUCAGAUAAUCUAUGAAAAUGGUUCGGUUCAAAAUAUUUCAGAAAUACCUGAGGAACUGAAGGCCAUAUACAAAACUGUUUGGGAAAUCAAACAAAAGACGUUGGUAGAUAUGGCUGCUGAUCGAGGAUGCUACAUAGAUCAGAGUCAAAGCUUGAAUAUUCACAUGGAUCAACCCAACUUUGGGAAGCUAACUUCCUUGCAUUUCUAUGCAUGGUCCAAGGGUCUAAAGACAGGAAUGUAUUAUCUCCGAACACGAGCUGCAGCAGAUGCUAUUAAGUUCACUGUGGACACCUCUGCACUCAAAGAAAAACCUAACACGGAGUGUGAUGUUGACACAAAGAUGGCACAAGUGGUGUGCUCUCUAACAAACCCUGAAGAGUGCUUGGCUUGUGGGAGUUAAAGUGCUCCAAAAUACGCACAUUUGUCUAGAUUCAUUUCAGGCCUAGACAAAAGCAGGGGUGAAAGUUAUUUUAAGAUUUGAAUGCCAAAUCAUGUGUUAAAUUUAUCAAGCUUUGUACAGUACUUUAAUAUGUAUUUGUUUACCAUUAUAUAUGAUGUUUUAGCCUUUUAGGUA